UUAAAGUCAAUUUUCUACUAGUGGCUAGCAUGUCUGGGGCCUCCUCUACUAGAGUAGCUAAUGUUAACUUUCUGGACCAUGAACUUUGUCUCCUAAUGCAGUGAAGAAUGUAUUCAGAACCCAUGUAAUACAGAGAGACUUCAUUCCACUCAUUUAUACCAGCCACAGUUACUCCAGGGCCAGGGAGCAACGAGCUCAGACGCAGAUGUGAACUGAUCACGGCGGUGAGGGAAGGACAGAGAUGCACUGGGACACCUGCCAUGGUUCCCCCUUGUCCUGGUCCAGCCAGCCACGCUGCCUCCUCCCGGGACCCAGGUUCGUCCCUGCAAGCGCUGGGAGAUCAGCCUCCAUUGCCCAGCAGAUUCAUGCUUCACCCGCUGGGCCGCAGGACGUGCCCUCACCAGGAGCUGCUGGCUCAGGUUGACCGGAGUCCCACUUCCCCCGUCCCUGCGAGCUGCGCUCUCUACAACCGGCACCUGAAUACAGUCCCUCUGGUGCGGCCCUGGGCUCAGGUGAUGGCGAGGCCCACACCUCCCGCCACAGGAAGUCACUAUGUCUACCCCACGGCCAGGUCUGCACCUGCAUUGUCCCAGGUGGAUCACAGCUGUACGCCUCCUCUCUCCACCAGCUGGGGCUUCUACUCCAGGGAUCAGAGCUUGUCCCCUCCCUGGGAGCUCAUGGAGCGAGCUAAACAGAGCCCUGUGCUGCCUGUGCCCAGAUGCUACGCGGUGUUCUCCAUGGACAGGAGCUCAGGGCCUUACCUGGCCCACAGAGCUCCAGCUGGCCAGAGCCCUGCUCCACCUCUGCCCAGGACUUACGCCAUUUACUCCCUCGAGCGGACCUUGUUCUCUCACCUGGACCCCUCGGUACAGCCUGGGCUGGGAUCCUCUUCUGUCCCCGUCAGCUGCACUGUUUACUCCAUGGACAGCUCGUCUCCCAGCCCAGCCCCGCUAGCUCAGCCUGAUCCUGACUCCCCUCUAUUCCCACCACUUCUGCUGGCGGUGUACUCUGCGGGCCAGAGGUGCUGUCGUCCUCAUCUGGAGCUGCUAUCGCAGAUUGACCGCAGCUACACUCCCCCGGUCCCAGCCAGCUGUGCUGUCUUCUCUCAGGACGCUCCACUCAACCCUUUGCCUGGAUGGCUCGCGCCAAGCAGUUAGCCCCGGGGUCCAUGCUGGCUAAUCACCGGAGCAGCAACCCAUCAGUUCCAUUCCUCCGACUCAUCAGGCUUCCUGCCCUUCUGCCCAGGCUCCCCUGGCAUUGUGGCACCAUGCACAACCUGCAGUUCCCCGCCCAGAGGGACUUUCCUCGCUGCCCCCUGGCACAACUCUCCUGCUUCAAUCUCAGCACCUCAGAAUAAAGCAAGAGCAGCUCACAAGUGGGCUCCACCAC